AUAUUGUGUAUUUGCAGUUUCUCCAGACACAGAGAGAAGAGAGUGUCCCGGGCACGUAAGUAUACAAACCUGUAUAUUCAGGCGAAUAAAUGCCACCAAGCAUGACCAAGAGCUCGGCGAAUAAACUGACAAAUGGAGACGUUUUCCACCGGACAUCCAACGGUAAGACAUCAUCGAGGAGGAACGGUUUCGUGAAGAAUCAUUGCUUGUUCCAACAACCGCAACAGAAGAAUCGGCGCCCGAGUGAGAACAACCAUGUUGUCUCCAGAACAACCAACGCCAGCCUGUACAACAAAGCGUUUGUGGAGCAGUUUGAGGAGACUCCUCUGCUUGUGGCGGUUCUCACAUACAUGGGCUAUGGGAUCCUCACCAUCUUCGGGUACCUGCGGGACUUCCUCCGGCACUGGGGCAUGGAGAAGUGCCAUGUAGCCAGAGAAAGGGAAGAGCAGAAGGACUUUGUUCCACUGUACCAGGACUUUGAGAAUUUCUACACCCGGAAUCUUUACAUGCGUAUCCGUGACAACUGGAACAGGCCGAUCUGCAGUGUUCCAGGAGCCAAGAUGGACCUGUUGGAGAGGGCCUCCAAAGACUACAACUGGACCUUCCAACACACAGGCAAGCUGGUGAAAGACGUGAUCAACAUGGGUUCAUAUAACUACCUGGGCUUUGCUGAGAACACUGGGAGGUGUGCCGACGCUGCCACAGAGUCCACCCACCACUAUGGCGUUGGAGUGGGUAGCACCCGCUAUGAGAUGGGCAACCUGGACAUCCAUGAGGAGUUGGAACAGCUGGUUGCUAGGUUCCUGGGGGUGGAGUCAUCUAUGGCCUUUGGGAUGGGCUUCGCUACCAACUCCAUGAACAUUCCGGCUCUGGCUGGAAAGGGCUGUUUGAUCCUGAGUGAUGAGUUAAACCAUGCCUCUCUGGUGCUGGGCGCUCGGCUGUCUGGAUCCAUCAUCAGAGUCUUCAAGCACAACAAUAUGGUGAGUCUAGAGAAGCUGUUGAGAGACGCCAUCGUCCACGGCCAGCCCAGAACACGCAGGCCCUGGAAGAAGAUCCUCAUACUGGUCGAAGGAAUAUACAGUAUGGAGGGAUCCAUCGUGCGUCUGCCUGAGGUGAUAGCCCUGAAGAAGCGCUACAAGGCCUUUCUCUACCUGGACGAGGCCCACAGCAUCGGGGCACUAGGACCUCGUGGUGGAGGGGUGGUCGACUACUUUGCUCUGGACCCCAAAGAUGUUGACAUCAUGAUGGGAACGUUCACUAAGAGCUUUGGUGCUGCUGGAGGGUAUAUCGGAGGAAAAAGGGAGUUGAUAGACUACCUGCGGUCCCACUCCCACAGUGCUAUCUACGCCACCUCCAUGUCUCCUCCUGUGUCCCAACAGAUCAUCACUUCUAUGAAGAUUAUCAUGGGGGAGGACGGUACCACUCUGGGUGUGGUUCGUCUGAGGCAGCUGUCAGAGAACACUACAUAUUUCAGGAGGAAACUCAGAGAGAUGGGCUUCAUCAUCUAUGGCAACGAUGACUCUCCUGUUGUACCCAUGAUGCUCUACAUGCCUGCCAAGAUAGGGGCGUUCGGUAGGGAGAUGUUGAAGAGGAACAUUGGGACGGUGGUGGUUGGCUUUCCGGCCACGCCCAUCAUAGAGUCCAGGGCCAGGUUCUGUGUGUCUGCUGCCCACACCAGAGAUAUUUUGGACACGGCGUUGGAGGCCAUCAGUGAGGUAGGAUAUAUAUUACAGCUGAAGUAUUCUAGACACCAGAGACGUCCUCAUCUCCCCUCCUCCCUGGGUUCAUGGUCCUCUGAGGAGAGUCUGCUCCAGGAGCCCAGCCACAUCAAGCCUUCUGUCAUGUAACUAACUGAAAUUGCCUACACUGGUGUAGGGUCAAGUUGCCUCUAGAUGCUGAUCUUGUCAGUGUAGUAUUUUUCCCCACUAAUAGUUAAUGUUAGGAUUGGGGAUGGAAAGCUGAUCCUAGAUCUGUACCUAAGUGAAACUUCACCAGGUCUGAACAGUCACCAUGUGCCCAGACGGUUUUCUUAAUGCAUCUUAACUUAUUGUGACUUCAUUUUUUUGAGUUUGUACCUUAAUGUUGAGUCUUAAAUAUGUCUUUGUGCAUUAUGGGGUCUUCCAAUGCAAUAAUAACAAGAUCACAUUGACAUUGUAGUAAUUUAGAAGACUCUCUUAUCCAGAGCCACUUACUGGAGCACCUUGCUCAACGGCACAUUGACAGCUUUUUCACCGAUUCGGCUCAGGGAUUUGAACCAGCUACCUUUAGCUUACAGGCCCAACACUUUAAACCAGUAGGCUACCUGCUGCGGUUCUUAAAUGUAUUUUCAGCUUUUAAGAUAGGUUUUAAUAUUAAAAUAUACAGUACCACUUGUUUGGUUAUACCAAUGGUUGGUUACUGGCAGGAGUUAUAUAACAGACAAAGUAAAUAAAUAAUAUAUAUCAUUCCUUACGUUAGUAGAGCACUGUUGAUAUGGGUAAAAUACCCCAUCCCCACCUAAAUAUAGGCCUUCAUAUCACAUGGGGUACAUCAAGUGUCAACCUUAUUUUAAAUUUUUUUAUUUAACUUAAACCUUUCCACUCUAAUCAGUGUUUUAUACUUGAAUAUUGUCACUGGGUCCUUUCUCUAACCAAAUAUAUGUAUUGUACAUUAUCUACUGUUUAUACUGUAAAUUAACAUGUGAAAUCUUCUUUGACUUAACAUCGUAGCUAGUCACCAAUCACAGAGCUGCUUUCCAUGAGUAGUCCUAGCUCUCUCUGCAAUCUACGUAUCACACCUGGCUCAUGUUCAUUAGGGCACGUCUCUGCCAAAACAAGCAUUUCUUAUUGGACAAGCCCUGGUAGUCCCUCCCAGUUUCAGUUAGUUUUGUUCCAUUUUGUGCCUAAUGAACACGACUUUGUUCCAAAAAGAUCCGUUGAGAUAUUUAGAAUAGUAGGGGGGGAAUCCCUUUGAAGAGCCGACCAUGUUGUGAAUGUUUUAUUUUCUAUCUUUUUCAGCCUUUAAUAUUUAGUGUUCUUUACACCUGUGCUGGAAUAACUUGAACUCAUAUGUCUUAAACAUUUUGAACAGAGUCUUUAACGUAUCCAUGAAUGAAGAUUCUCUAAUACUGCUACAGGAUAAAUGAGAGCCAGGUCGUGUUUUGUGUUUCUUAGUAUCAGCUUCCUGGAAUAGAAAAUACAUAUAUUUCAAUGGAAAUUCUUGCCUUCAUCUGUGUGCGGGAAACUGCCUGUUACUGAAGACACAUGUCAUGUGAAUAUCUAACUGUAUAUCUGAACCUAAGUGCUUAUUCUAUUAUUAAACAACCCAGCGUUGA